AGCCAUGCCUGGGAGAGGACCCACUAUAUAUAGGAUCCACAGUCUCCCAGCUAAGUCUGCAGGCAAAGGGCAACUGCUUGGAAUUUCAGAAACUCUGAAACCAUGAAGCAUCUAUGGAUGCUGCUGCUGUUGUGUGUUUUCUCAGUUCAUACUCAAGCUGCCAAUGAUGACUACGAUGAACCGACGGAUAGCGUGGAUGCCCGUGGUCAUCGACCUGUUGACAGGAGAAAGGAAGAGCCUCCUAGCCUAAGACCUGCCCCUCCUCCUAUCAGCGGAGGAGGCUAUCGAGCCCGUCCAGCCAAGGCUACUGCCAACCAGAAGAAAGAACGGAUACCCCCCAAUGCAGGAGGCUGUCUUCACGCUGACACAGACAUGGGAGUGCUGUGUCCUACGGGAUGUACAUUGCAACAAACUUUGAUAAACCAGGAAAGGCCAAUCAAGAGCAGUGUUGCUGAGUUAAAUAACAACAUACAGUCUGUUUCCCAGACCUCCUCAGUCACCUUUCAGUACCUGACUCUGCUAAAGGACAUGUGGAAAAAGAAGCAAGCACAAGUUAAAGAGAAUGAAAAUGUCAUAAAUGAGUAUUCCUCCAUCCUGGAAGACCAGAGAUUAUAUAUUGAUGAGACUGUGAACGAUAAUAUCCCCCUUAAUCUUCGUGUGCUCCGCUCAAUCCUGGAGGACCUAAGAAGCAAAAUACAAAAAUUAGAGUCUGACAUCUCAGCUCAAAUGGAAUAUUGCCGCACUCCAUGCACCGUCAACUGUAACAUCCCAGUGGUGUCUGGGAAAGAAUGUGAGGAGAUCAUUAGGAAGGGAGGUGAGACAUCCGAAAUGUAUCUUAUCCAGCCUGACACCUCCAUCAAGCCAUAUAGAGUAUACUGCGACAUGAAAACAGAAAACGGAGGAUGGACAGUCAUACAGAACCGUCAGGAUGGCAGCGUCGACUUUGGCAGGAAAUGGGACCCAUACAAAAAAGGAUUCGGAAAUAUUGCCACCAAUGAAGACACAAAGAAGUACUGUGGCUUGCCAGGCGAAUACUGGCUUGGCAAUGAUAAGAUUAGCCAGCUCACCAGGAUGGGACCCACAGAACUUCUCAUCGAAAUGGAGGACUGGAAAGGAGACAAGGUGAAGGCACAUUAUGGAGGCUUCACGGUGCAGAACGAGGCCAGCAAGUAUCAAGUCUCCGUGAACAAGUACAAAGGGACCGCAGGCAACGCCCUCAUGGAUGGGGCCUCUCAGCUGGUGGGGGAGAACAGAACCAUGACCAUCCACAACGGCAUGUUCUUCAGCACAUAUGACAGGGACAACGACGGCUGGGUAACUACGGAUCCAAGAAAACAGUGCUCCAAAGAAGAUGGUGGUGGCUGGUGGUAUAACAGAUGCCACGCGGCCAAUCCGAAUGGCAGAUACUACUGGGGUGGCCUUUACAGCUGGGACAUGUCCAAGCACGGCACAGAUGAUGGUGUGGUGUGGAUGAACUGGAAGGGAUCGUGGUACUCAAUGAGGAAGAUGUCUAUGAAGAUCAGGCCCUUCUUCCCACAGCAAUAGUCCCCCAAGCACAGACUUUCAUUCCUCUAUGUCUGACAUUUUUUUUUUUUACAUUAUGUUAUUGGAAUUUUCUUUGAUACAUUAUAUCUGCUAAAGCUCAAAACAGUGGUUGAGUGUGUCUCUUUUGGAACGAUAUAGGAUAAAGACAUUGAAAACAGCACAUA